GCGCAUCCCGGAGAGCUUGAAGGGUAAAGUGUGAUGUUUUGUGAUUUCGCUCCAUCCUUCUCAAAGCGAGACUUUGGGCGUUGCUUCUCAGGUAAAAUAGGAAAAGAUUGUUUUAAGGCAGUAGUGGUGGUGUUGAGGACGCUCCUUAAUUACUAAAGUUGAACUCCCCACUCCUUCAGUUGCUUAGGUUAUGUUAUUUGGCACCAGAAACAUGAAUAGUAAGGUCUAAGUUUGAGUGGCAGAACCCCCCAGUACUGCGCUGAGAUCUGUGGAAAGUUGCUUUGUAUUGUUUUUGGGAAUCACGAAGGGCACGCUGUUGCUUUCUGAAAUUGUCAUUUGAGACAGCUUCCUCCAUACGUCCCGGUAGUUAACUUUGAGACCUUGCUCAUCUGUUCAGUGGAGUGUUGUGAAUCCUUGAGACCUUCCUCUUCCCCAGGUCAUCGCUCCUUAAGUCGUCUUCCUGGAUACUUUUCAGGCUGUCAACUUCCUGCCUUCAACAUGAUCAUAUGGGUCUUGUCUCAUCUAUUGCAGUUGGGUCCUGACUAGUGUCUAUUUAUCUUUCCUUCCAACCCAUCGUCACACAAGAACUCUUAAAUAGGUGGAAAGACUAUCUCCCAGUUGGACAGCGGAUGCCUGGAACUCGUUUCAUCGCUUUCAAAGUUCCUUUGCAAAAGAAUUUUGAAAAGAACCUUGCUCCAGAAGAAUGCUUUUCCCUUUUGGAUCUUUUUAACAAGAUCCGAGAACAAAAUGAAGAGCUUGGGCUUAUUAUUGAUUUAACAUAUACUCAACGCUAUUAUAAACCAGAGGACUUGCCAGAAACUAUUUCUUACUUAAAAAUUUUUACAGUUGGGCAUCAGGUGCCUGAUGAUGACACUAUUUUAAAAUUCAAACAUGCUGUUAAUGGAUUUGUGAAAGAAAAUAAAGAUAAUGACAAACUUAUUGGUGUCCACUGUACCCAUGGUUUAAACAGGACUGGCUACCUCAUCUGCAGAUAUUUGAUUGAUGUACAAGGCAUGAGGCCAGAUGAUGCAAUUGAAUUGUUCAAUCGGUGUCGUGGACAUUGCUUAGAAAGGCAGAACUACAUUGACGACUUGCAGCAUGGUCCUAUCAGAAAAAGUCGAAAAUCCAGGGUAUCCAGAUCGAGUGGUUUUGAGGACUCAGCAUAUCUCAUGGACCCAACCCACAGUACUGAUAAGGCUGUUCACCAGGGACAUAGACAGAGCCUACAUCGGAACCAUGGCCACCCAGCACCUUCUCGGCACGUCCGUAACCAGACCCCAAAUUUGCAACAUUCUAUCAGGAAAUUUUCACAAAAUCACGUUUACCAGAGACGCCGCCUCCCUCCCCCCGGCCCCCCUGGAGAGGACUAUUCCUGGAAGAGAUACACCUGGGACGUGAAGACCAGCGGCAGGCGCACAGCCUGCAGUAGCAGGUGGUACUCGGACACUUACCACAGACUGUCCCAUCCGGCCUACUGGGGAUGGACCGAGUGACGCAGACUUGCCUGGGAACCCUGGAUACCAGAGCCAAACUGAAGCAAGUUCGAGUGACUUUUAAUUAAAUCAGGUCAAACAAAAGUUUUUGAAUCUAUUUUAUUGCUCCCUUAUGUGCUCAAGCUCAAAAAAAUUAUAUUAAAUUAUAUUAAUGUUUA